GCAGACAGAGGGAGGGUUUAAUCCAAGUGGAUUAGGCUGUAAACUGGGUGAUGGAAAAGGCGGUGCUGUGCUGCUGAAGCCCAAUGGCUGCUUCCUGCCUCCCUGGGACCGUCUCUCUUAGCUCCAAGACGCGGUGUCCCUCGCUGGACAGGGAAUAAACCAGGUCAGCUCGCUCCAAGAAGCUCUUGGGAGUCACACAAGCCGAAGACGACAGGGAACCACAGAAACACAUACUGGCUUUUUUUAUACAGCCGUUAUUUCAUUGCUUUUGUUUUUUUUUUGUUUUACUUUCACUUGGUUGCACGGUGCUGACCCUUUGUGACACAGCUGGAGUGGUCUCACUGGGUUUGCUCCUGCCCCACACCGGGGACUACAGUGACUCCCUGAUCGAGCACAGAAUCUGGAACUGGUUGGUCCAUCAAAAGAAGAUGACCAGGAGAGGGUGCCAGGCCCAACCGCGGCUGCUGCAGGAGGUGUAAAAAGCACAGACCGAGGCUCAGUUUGUCCCAGUCAAGGACGAGGUGUGGAACCUUUGGGCUUCUGAGAUAGCCGGAUGGCCAUGAGCGAUGAACAAGCGCAAUGGGACCUCUUUGAUUCACUCAGAGUUACCAUGCAUAGCCCCCUGUCCAACCUCAUGAUCUCUUAGGACUUCUUUACUGAAGCCUCACUUGGACUAAGCUUUGUCCAGAACCCACAGUGCACAGGCACACGUUUUAUACGCACUGACACGCAACGAGAUGCAACGCGCAGGCGGCCCGUACACAAAGUCGGCGCAGAUGGCCCAACGAAUAGCUCUGUGCAUUAUCUGCUCCGGCUGGCUCUGGUUCCCCACAGAAGCAGAGAAGCUGCUGCUCCCUCUGGAGACGGUCCAACAGUGGGCAACAGACUUUGGAAAUCAGAUCUACUCCAUAGCAACAAAAUACUCUGGAGCUCCUCUACUGCAGAAGAAAUUCAAAGAUGUAGAGCCAAUCGUGAAGAUUGAGGAGGUGGAUGGUUCAGAACUGGUGCUGAAGUUUGCAGAGGAGAUGGAAAGUAUGCUGGGAAGGAAAACGAAAUCGGUCAAGACCCUGGCAGAGAAUGCCGAGGAUGCAGACUUGUACCAUGAUUACGACGCCUCUCUGAAGAUUGACUACUACAACUCGGUGUUGGUGAACACAAAGGAUGAGGAUGGGAAGUAUGUGGAGCUUGGUGGGGAGUUCAUCCUGGAGGAGAAUGAACACUUCAACAACCUCCCUGUCAACACCUCCCUCAGUAGCGUGCAAGUCCCUACCAACGUCUACAAUAAGGAUCCGGACAUUCUCAAUGGGGUUUACAUGUCAGAGGCACUGAAUGAAAUCUUCAUUAAUAACUUCAAAAAGGACCCCACCCUCACCUGGCAGUUCUUUGGCAGCUCCACAGGUUUCUUCAGAAUCUACCCAGGUAUCAAAUGGACCCCAGAUGCAAAUGGUGUCAUCGCUUUCGACUGCAGGAAUCGGAACUGGUACAUCCAAGCCGCGACCUCACCAAAGGACCUCGUGAUCGUCAUCGACAUCAGCGGCAGCAUGAAGGGUCUUCGUCUGACGAUUGCCAAACACGCCAUCAACACCAUCCUAGACACGCUGGGGGAGAAUGAUUUUGUCAACAUCAUCGCCUACAGCGAUUACGUUCAUUAUGUGGAGCCCUGCUUUGAAGGCACGCUGGUGCAGGCCGAUCUGGACAAUCGUGAGCACUUCAAGAUGCUGGUGGAGGAGCUACAUGCCAAGGGGGAGGGGAAGGUGAACAAGGCCAUGAAGGAGUCUUUCCGCAUCCUCAGCGAGGCGACAGCCAAUGGGCAGGGCAGCCUGUGCAACCAGGCCAUCAUGCUCAUCACUGAUGGAGCCAUGGAAGAUUUCCAGCAGGUAUUUGAGGACUACAACUGGCCAGAAAAAAGGGUCCGUGUCUUCACCUACCUCAUUGGCCGAGAGAUGACCUUUGCAGACAAUGUGAAGUGGAUUGCCUGCAACAACAAAGGUUAUUACACUCACAUCUCGACACUAGCCGACGUGCAAGAAAACGUCAUGGAGUACCUGCAUGUUCUAAGCCGACCAAUGGUCAUUAACCACGACCACGACAUCAUCUGGACUGAGGCCUACAUGGACAGUGUGCUCCCAAACACAGCAGAGCUAUUCAACACACAGGCCCAGAGCCUGCUGCUAAUGACCACCGUUGCCAUGCCUGUCUUCAGCAAGAAGAAUGAAACGCGUUCCCACGGAAUUCUCUUGGGCGUGGCCGGCUCUGAUGUCCCCCUGAGGGAGCUAAUGAAAUUGGCCCCAAGAUAUAAGCUUGGAGUGCAUGGCUACGCCUUCCUGAGCACCAACAAUGGCUACAUUCUCUCGCACCCUGACCUUCGGCCCUUGUAUAAGGAGGGAAAGAAGCUCAAGCCAAAACCUAACUACAACAGCGUGGAUCUGUCUGAGGUGGAGUGGGAGGACACAGAGGAAACACUGAGGACAGCCAUGGUGAAAGGCCAAACCGGCUCUCUGUCCCUGGAUGUGAGAACCACUGUGGAGAAGGGGACAAGGGUGUUGUUCCUGACAAAUGACUAUUUCUACACGACCAUCAAUGAAACGCCAUUCAGUCUGGGCAUAGUCCUGACCCAAGGCCACGGGGAGUACAUCUUCCAGGGGAACGUGUCCAUAGAGGAAGGCCUCCAUGAUCUGAUGCAACCAGAUGUCACCCUAGCUAAUGAGUGGACCUACUGUGAGACAGACAUAGACCCACAACACCGCAAGUACUCCCAGCUACAAGCCGUCAUCCGCUACCUGACCGGCAAGGAGCCUGAACUGGAAUGCGACGAGGAACUGUUACAGGAAGUCCUUUUUGAUGCUGUGGUAACCGCACCUUUGGAAGCUUAUUGGACAGCACUGCUACUCAACGAGUCUGGAAUGGAUGAAGGCUUAGAGACAGCAUUCCUGGGCACGCGAGCUGGACUCAUGCGCAUCACCAGAUACAUCAGUGCUGAGGACAGAGUUGCAAAGAAGUUCCUCACCACCUCAGAUAAGGAGAGCAUCUUCACCAUGGAUCACUUCCCCCUGUGGUACCGGCGAGCCGCAGAGCAUCCCCCGGGCAGCUUCCUGUACUACAUUCCCAAGGAGGACACUCGAGAUGUUUUCAGGGACUAUGAGUAUGACUAUAGCACCUCCCCCAGGCUGGAGGACCUUGAGCAGGAGUACCAAGACGAUGAGAAUGUGGUUGUCGCCAGCACUGCUGUGACCGUGACCGUCAACAAACAGAUGGCCAUUGCCGCAGCAAUCGGGGUGCAGAUGACGCUGGACAUGUUGGAGAAGAAGUUCUGGGCGACGACCAGACAGUCCAAUGAAACAGACUGCAGCACGGUCGAGGGCUUGUGCCCAAUCAGCUGUGACAGUCCUGAGCUGAGCUGCUACCUCCUGGACAGCAAUGGUUUCAUCCUGAUCUCCAAAGAGAAGAAAGAGUCUGGAAAGUUCUUCGGGGAGGUGGACGGAGCGGUGAUGUCUCAGCUGCUCCAAAUGGGCAUGUUCAGGAGGGUCUCUCUGUACGACUACCAGGCCAUGUGCAAGAGCAGCCAUCAUCACACCAGCGGUGCCCGCCCGCUUCUCAGCCCCUUCUACAUCUUGCUCUCGGCUCUCAAAUGGUUCCUCACUAACUUCAUGCUGUGUCUGCUGGAGUUCAAUAUUUGCGGUCUGUGGCACUCUGAUCACCUUGCAGAAGCCAAGGCUGUCUUCCAUACAUCCCACAAGCACAAGAAAGUGGAGGUGAUGCAGCCGUGCGACACGGAGUACCCCAGCUUCAUCUACACGCCGUCCGUCAAAGAGACCAACAGCUUUGUCCAGUGUGGCCGCUGUCACAAGAUGUUUGUGAUGCAGCAGAUCGCCAACAGCAACCUGCUCAUGCUGGUCGUCCAGGGCGAGUGCGACUGUGCCCGCAGGUUCCCACCCAUCACCUUGGAGCCCAAAGAGGUCAAAUAUAUCACCUCGGUCAAGUGCGACAGGAUGAGGUCACAGAAGCUCCGCAGAAGACCAGACUCCUGCCACGCCUUCCACCCUGAGGAGAACGCUGAAGACUGCGGCGGAGCCAGUGAGAUAUCCCUGUCUGUCACCCUCUUCAUGACUACACUCAUCGCCUCGCUUGUCCUGCGGUGAUGGAGGGCUAAACCUGCUCACAGGGGCCGAGUUCGAGGGCCCCCACGCCUGCGUCACACCUCCCCAUUUGUUUUUAUUUACUGCUUUUAUUUUUGUUCUUUUCUGAGAUGAGUAGGAUGUUAGACACAGCAGCACAGAAUGCGUAUGUCCACUGCAAGCAAGUGACAAAGGGCUUGUUUUCUAAUCUAACGUGUAGCUUUUUUUACCAUGAUGGUGAGAACGACAUGCUCGGACCAUGGACGAAAACAACGUAGAGGCGCCAUGAUGGACAGCAAAACGUGCAGUGAAAAAUGCAUUCCACCAGUGCAUGUGUCUGCCACGGUACUGUGAAGAGUCAGCGAUGCAGUGACACCUGUCCCCCCAAUCAUGAGAUCCUGCUCUCUGUUGAGCACCGUCCAACUGUGCCAUCUAGAGGCCAUGCAGGGGAAGAUAAGCAACCACAGAAGAGGGUUUUAAAAAUAUCAUAAAAAUUUACUCUUUUUCAUGAACCAUGAGGGAAAGAAACUGAAAAUCCGCCAGUAUAUUUGGCAUAUGCUCCAUGGGUUUGCUACAGACUUUGUUUUGCUUGCAAUUUGUUCACACUGCCAUUGUUGCACAUGUAUUACAACUGCACACGAUUGUUAACUGAUAAUACCAGUUCUAGCGUGAAGAACGUAUGCAGCAGGGUUCCGCAGGAGGUGGCCUAGGAGAAGAAAAUGUGUGGCCCCUUUGCCUGGCAAAUCUCAUCAUCAGUUUUCCAGUGGCCCUUGGCUUAAUGUUGUUGAUGGAAUUUGGCCUUUGGGGGAAAACUGAUAUAGAGCCUGACCUUCGUGUAAAAUUCUACAUCGACCUGGAGGGAACCCUGAUGAAAUGUCAGAUACAGUGAUUUGCCUGGACGCUCACAGUGGCUUUUGGUUGACUCCUGAGCACCAGACUGACGUGAUUAGUUUGUAACAUAUACCUGGGUUUGUUCAUUCAUGGAAUGGUUUGAACUACAACUCUCUACAGUGUUUGAAGUACACAUUACAUUAUCAAGGAAUGUAUACAAAAAUUGGACAAAAAAACAAUGUAACUUUCCCUUAAGUAAAAGUUGCUUUAAAGUGUAUGAAUCAAA